GGCGGCUGACUGAAGGCGCCACACCGGUAAAAGGAGCCAUUUCUUUGCGCCUUUCUCAGAGAACGAACCAGGGGGCGCUGUGCACCUAUUCAGCUGGUUUACAACCGCUCAUUAAAUCCACCGAAGAAGUAAACGCGGAAGAAUUUGCGACUCGGCGAGGCACUUAUGUAAUGAUGGUGUGGAAGGAGAUUCCAGCAGACAAUAUCACCCGUCCCUUGGGUCGCAAUGAGGUUAUCGGUUUACUUUUCCGCCUUACAAUAUUUGGUGCCGUCACCUACUUUACAAUAAAGUGGAUGGUGGACGCUAUUGAUCCAACAAGAAAACAAAAAGUUGAAGCACAGAAGCAGGCAGAGAAACUCAUGAAGCAGAUUGGAGUACAGAACAUUAAGCUGUCUGAGUAUGAGAUGAGCAUUGCAGCCCAUCUGGUGGACCCAUUAAGUAUGCAAAUUACAUGGCGUGAUAUAGCUGGCCUAGAUGACGUCAUAACCGAGUUGAAGGACUCAAUCAUUCUACCCAUCCAGAAAAGUCAUCUGUUUGAAAGGUCAAAGCUGCUUCAGCCUCCCAAAGGAGUGCUACUCUACGGUCCUCCGGGCUGUGGAAAAACUCUGAUAGCCAAAGCUACAGCCAAAGAGGCCGGUUUCCGGUUCAUAAACCUGCAGCCCUCCACUCUGACGGAUAAAUGGUACGGCGAGUCCCAGAAACUGGCCGCAGCUGUCUUCUCACUGGCCAUCAAACUCCAGCCCUCCAUCAUCUUCAUUGAUGAAAUUGACUCCUUUUUAAGAAGCCGAUCCAGUUCGGACCACGAGGCUACUGCCAUGAUGAAGGCUCAGUUCAUGAGCUUAUGGGACGGACUAGACACGGAUUACAAAUGCCAGGUUAUAAUUAUGGGUGCCACCAACCGCCCUCAGGAUCUGGACUCGGCGAUACUUCGCAGAAUGCCCACUAGAUUCCACAUUAAUCAGCCUAAUGUCAAUCAGAGAGAAUUGAUACUGAAGCUCAUCCUGGAGAAUGAGAAUAUUGAGCGUGGCGUGGACCUGCGUGAAAUAGCAAAGGGCACAGAUGGCUUCUCAGGAAGUGACCUCAAAGAGAUGUGUCGAGAUGCAGCUCUCUUCUGUGUACGGGACUUUGUGCAUGCUGAGGACAGGUCAGAAGACGACUACAUCCGACCCAUCCAGCAGACUGACCUGCAAAAAGCCAGUGAAAAGAUGAAAAAGUCCAAAACGGCAGGAAUAGCAAGUGUGCUGCUGGAUACAGCUCUGGACUGAUCCUGAUACUACCGGCCAGGGUAAAUUAUUCCCCAGAAGAUCAUAAUAAAUUUUGUAAGUUUAAAAUGUUUAUCAUAUAAUAUGGUUUGCCUAAGAAGGUGCUCUUGAAACAGCAUAUUUGGUCCCAUCAAUUUUCUCUUUGCAACAUGUCUUUUUUUGCUCUGUUUUUGCCACAUCAUAUUCUAUGCCUUUUAGGUAUUCGCUUUGCUAAGCACUUGCUGCAUGGUGUUUUAGGAGAAUAUUUAUAUAAUUGUACAGGCAACGUGUAUAUAAAGAACCUAGGCCAUAAUUAAUUUCAGACAGUAAAAAAAUAACGGAUAAGGAAGGGAAGAGGAUUCCCUUGUAUUUCUACUUCUUGGUUCAUUUAGGGAAGUAUAUUUACAGAUAGAGUGGAUUAUAUAAGUGUACACACCCCUGUUAAAAUUAGCAUGUUUUUGUGUUGUUUAAAAAUGUGAUCUAGCAACCAAUAAAUUUCCUUCUAAAGCCAUUUCUUUGUUAACUUUUGUGCUUUGAGUCAUUAGUGUGCAGGAAGGUGAAAUUUUCCUUCAGUUGUCCAACCGGAGGCCUGCAGGUUUUUAUGCCAAAAAUAGAUGCAGCCGCCACCAUGCUUCUCUGUAGGUAUUAUGAAUUAUGGCCAGAAAGUUCUAACUUGGUCUCAUCAUUUAGGAGCCUGUUCUCGGUUGUCACUGUGCUGCCCCAUUUUCUACACUCGUUGGUGAUGGCCUUCCUGGUGUUUCGUAGUACAUUCAUACUGAUUGAUACAUUUUAACAAUGACAUCCCGUACAUACUUUCUAAGCACAUUGUAUACAUGGUUUCAGCAGUCAGAUGAAACCAAGAUGAUGUCAAGAAAAUCUGAGUCACUGAAUGGGAUUGGUUAACUCCGAGUACAGCCACCUGCUCCAUUAUAAAAGGGUGUGGACACUUGUACUAGGUUAUUGUAGGUUUUUAAUUUUUCUUCCUAAAACAUUUUUGUUUUUCCACUUGUAUUAUGUUGGUUGCUGUGUCACUGUAAAGGUGUAAAAAUAUCGGACAUGAUUUAUUUAUUUUAUUUUUUAACAUCACAAAAACCUGACAAUGACCUAACGGGUAUGUAAGCUGUUGUGAUGUGUAAUGUGGUAUUUCCUGUAGCGAUAAAUAGGGUUGUACAAACUGUUAUUUUAAUGUUACAUUUAUUAUUUCCAAGCUUGUAUUUCCUACAUUUUUCCCCCCCAUGUUAAUUAAUCUAUCCGUCCUAUGAAAAAAAAAAUGUUCGGAUGUCUUCUCUCUCUCUGUGUGUGUGUGUGUGUGUGUGUGUGUGUGUGUGUGUGUGUGUGUGUGUGUGUGUGUGUGUGUGUGUGUGUGUGUGUGUGUGUGUGUGUGUGUGUGUGUGUGUGUGUGUGUGUGUGUGUGUGUGUGUGUGUGUGUGUGUGUGUGUGUGUGUGUGUGUGUGUGUGUGUGUGUGUGUGUUCUGAAAAUGUUUUCUGCAAAGAGGAAGAAAAGUAGAAUGGAAGUUAAGAUAAACACCAUGAGCAAUCAGUACAGCUCUUAUAGUAUGUAUAUAUUUCUUAGUAAACACUGUAUCUCAAUCUUUUCAAUUUUCUGUUAUUAAAACAAUGCUGAGCAACAGUUUGGACACACACACUGGAAAACAAAUGUUUUGUGUACUACUGGAUUUUAUUGGUAGUAUUAACCAUGAUGAAAACAAUCAGAGAAGAGUACAUACAAGUAUGAAUAAAAGGUACCAUUUAAACUAUUCAUUUACUGUAGUGUAAUAAAUAAGUUAAGGUUGUUACUUUAUCAAGACAAGCCAAUAAACAUUUUUUUCCUCUAUUGUUUUGUCCUUCACAUGGAUCCUAAAGCACUCUGAAUAUCCUUAGACUUGGACAUCAUUUUGAGUUAGAUUUGCAUAAAACCCCCGACAAAAUAAUAUGGAGUAGCCACACGUAGAGGAUGUUCACCAAGCUUUUUUUACGUCAUAGCAAAUAAACAAAUCACAGGUAUGACGCACAAUUUUUGUUUAAUAGCUAAACAUGCUCAUUUCAUGAAACAUACCUCAAAUAAAUUAAAUAGUUUUAAUUAAUGACAUUUUUCCAUAUCAAGUAGAGGGGGAAAAAUGGAAUCACUCAAUGUAUUAAAAUGUAAAUUGAAAUAAUAAAUGUAAAAUAAUUUAAUUUAAUGUAUUUGAUGUAUGAUUCACAAAGGCAGAACGUUCACCCAUUAAAGUGCAGCUAUUAUGGUUUUUAACGUGCCUCAUUUUGUUUUAAAGGUCUCGUACAAUAAAUUUACAUGAAUCCGAGGUCAAAAAACACUUUAAUGUGCUCAUAAUUAAAACUGCAGCAUUACCUUUUUCCCCCCCAGUGUCAAAAACGACUCAUUCAAUGAUCCAUUCAAAAAGAUUCAUUCUAAACUCCUCCUUUCAGAGAGCAUACUCUGCUCUGAUUGGUCAGAUGUCCAAGUCUGUUGUGAUUGGUCUACCGCUGUCGGUGGGUGUCCAAAAAGGAAACGCCCACUACCAUAACAAACAGCUACAUAACACACUACAUGAAAGGUAAUAUCUGAAAAACUAUACUAGGUGCACUUAAAACAAAAAAUGUGAACAUCCUCCAAGUGUGGUGAUUCCAUAAUCAGUUUUCUUUACAUGUACAGGUUAAUCUUGAAUAUGGAUCAACAAUUGCAGGCACAUGACAAAAUGGACGUAUAAAAACAAUGUUAAUUUGAGUAGUUCACAUUGUUUUUUGAGG